UCCUUCCAACCUCUUUCUCUCUCUGGUCUGUUUUUCAGAACCCACAUUGUCAUUUUCAUCCUCCUCAGAUCCUCUGCUGUAUCUGGAGGCUCUUUGCAGAGGAUCAAUGGCCUUUUCAUCUGAGUUCUAGAGCCUUUUUUUUUCCCAUUUGAACCUUUUUCUGCAGCAGAAGUUAUCUGGGUUUCCUUCCAUCUUCUCUGUCUUGAGUGUUUUGUUGGGUUCUUGUUGGAUCCUUCAAUGGCUUCUUUUUUGCUGAUGCUACUGCAUUCUCUGCUGCUUUUGCUGCCAUUGGCUUCUGCUGGCCAUGACUAUGGCCAAGCUCUGAGCAAGAGCAUUCUCUUCUUUGAAGCUCAGAGAUCUGGAUUUCUCCCCCGCAAUCAAAGAGUCACUUGGAGAGCUGAUUCUGGCCUGUAUGAUGGGAAGGCUAGUGGGGUUAAUCUUAUAGGAGGAUACUAUGAUGCAGGGGACAAUGUGAAAUUUGGGCUGCCCAUGGCAUUCACCGUAACCAUGAUGUCAUGGAGCAUUGUGGAAUAUGGGAAGCAGAUGGCUGCCAGUGGGGAGCUGGGCCAUGCCAUGGAUGCUGUGAAAUGGGGCACAGAUUAUCUCAUCAAAGCUCAUCCAGAGCCUAAUGUCUUGUAUGGAGAGGUGGGUGAUGGAACUAACGAUCAUAACUGCUGGCAACGGCCCGAAGACAUGACGACAGACCGUCGAGCUUACCGCGUCGAUGCCAGCAAUCCCGGGUCCGAUCUCGCCGGAGAAACUGCAGCGGCAAUGGCUGCCGCUUCGCUCGUCUUCCGGCAGUCGAAUCCGGCUUAUGCUAACGAGCUGCUCACCCACGCCAAGCAGCUUUUCGAAUUUGCAGACAAGUACCGUGGGAAAUAUGAUCGUAGCAUUUCAGUAGCGCAGAAAUACUACGCAUCCUAUAGUGGAUACGCUGAUGAAUUGUUGUGGGCCGCCACAUGGCUUUAUCAGGCAACCAAUGAUGAGUAUUAUUUGAACUAUCUUGCCAACAAUGGCGAUUCAUUGGGUGGGACAGGUUGGGCCAUGACAGAGUUCGGUUGGGAUGUUAAAUACGCUGGGGCCCAAGUUCUCGUCUCCAAGUUUCUAAUGCAAGGGAAGGGGGCUCAGUACUCAUCAGUCUUCCAAAGAUAUGAGCAAAAGGCAGAGUUCUUCAUGUGUUCAUGCCUCGGAAAAGGCAGCCGGAAUGUGCAGAGAACGCCUGGAGGACUACUCUACCGCCAGAGGUGGAACAACUUGCAGUUUGUAACAAGCGCUUCCUUCUUACUGUCUGUCUAUUCCGACUAUCUCUCAUCUGCUGGUAAAAGUAUAAGCUGCCCUGCUGGAACUGUUGCACCCUCUGAGCUCCUGGCAUUCGCCAAAUCUCAGGCAGACUACAUACUCGGAGACAACCCGAGAGCUACAAGCUACAUGGUGGGAUAUGGAAGCAAUUUCCCCCGACAAGUUCAUCAUCGCGGUUCUUCCAUUGUUUCCAUCAAGGUCGAUCCUUCGUUCGUGAGUUGCAGAGAAGGUUACAACACUUGGUAUUCUAGGAAGGCCAGCGAUCCAAAUCUUCUUGUGGGUGCAAUCGUUGGUGGACCUGAUGCCUACGACAACUUCGCCGAUGAGAGGGACAAUUAUGAACAGACAGAACCUGCAACUUACAACAACGCACCACUUCUUGGUGUAUUGGCUCGUCUUAAUGGUGGAAAUAGCGGACUUAACCAACUCCUUCCAGUGGCUGUUCCAAGCCCUAGACCAGUGAGCCAUCGAUCAAAUCCCACGAAUCAACCCAAACCAUCUCCUACUCCAGAUCAAUCUUACUCUCCGGUCGUUAUCGAGCAAAAGAUGACAUCAUCAUGGAAUGCCAAGGGAAGAACUUACUAUAGAUAUUCCACAGUGGUCACGAACAAAUCUGCAAAAACAGUCAGGGACAUCAAGCUCUCGAUCGGAAAGCUAUACGGCCCACUGUGGGGCCUUUCAAGGUCAGGCGGUGCCUACAUGUUCCCAGCAUGGCUAGACUCUCUGUCUGCCGGAAAGAGCCUAGAGUUUGUCUACAUUCAUGCCGCUCCUCCAGCUGACAUUAGAGUAUCCAGCUACACUGUUGCUUGAAGAAGAGAAGAUUGCUCAAAUAGGGCCAUCGCAAUGUAAGAGAUGUGCAGAUAUACAGUACAUGAUUUUCUUUUUUCGCUUUUCGCUGAGUGGGUUUGAUUAUAAUUUUAGUUUGGGUGGGUUUUGAUUUUAAUAAAAUUAGAGAACUGGGGAGAAAGGAGUGAAGAGACAACAGGAGUGCUCAUCCUCUUUCACAUCCCUCAUUCAUUACUUUUCUUUCUUUUCUAAUAGAGAGAGAGAGAGAGAGAGAGAUUGGAAGUUGGGAGGGCGAAUUAAGGGGCCUCCCCCAACUGAUUUUGCAAGUUUUGUAUUGAUAUUUGUAAGGUUGUUGCAUUUUUCUAUUCCCCCCUUUGCUCUCUUACAAGUAUACAUUGUGUAAUGGAACUACAUGUACUUUCUUUCAAGGAAAAUUGGGAUGGAAUCUCUCUUCUUAUACAAA